AUGCCGCCCCAGGUCCUCUCCAAAUACUGGCCCUGCACCAUCAAGAACGUCCUGACCGGUUGCAUCACGGCCUGCACAGUCCAACAGAAAGGGGCAGGAUCCAAAAGCGGUAGAUCGAUAUUGAAGAUGGAAGGCGCAGCGACGCCCACUGUGAUAACGUCUACCAGCAGCAUCGCGGAAAACUUUUACACCUCUACUCUGGCUUACGACAGGCACUUUUUUCGCACUGCUUCGGGACUCCUCGAUUUCGCAGAAAUAGUAAUUGGUCUGCUGGUAUGGAUGCUGAUAGCGGGGACAAACUACUUCCGUGUGUCUGCCUUUGGGUGGGUCAUGUUUGUGGCCAUCUUGUACUGGGUCCUGACAGUCAUCUUCCUCAUCAUCUACCUGACCAUGGCUUACAACAGGAUCCCUCAGGUCCCCUGGACAGUUGUGGGCCUGUUCUUCAACAGUAGUGCUACAGUGAUGUAUGUGGUGGCAGCAGCAGUGGAUGCAGCCUCAAUCAGCCAUGCUGUUAAAGGGCGCCAUAACUACAACUGCUGGGUAGCAUCCACGUUCUUUGCCUUCCUGGUCACGCUCUGCUAUGCAGGAAGUACGUAUAUAAGUUUUCAAUUGUGGCGAUCGAGGGAUGAGGAACAAUAA